CACGACCAUGCCGAGAAAUAGAGCUGUUCGUUCGCAACGAACACGCGUUCUACGGAGCGCACAGUGUACUUGCCAGUGCCAUUUUGUCUGAUACUUUCUGUCGAAGCGUCGAUUGAGCUUUAACUGAUUGUGUCCCUUCGUUUUUUCAGAUCCUCUUAUUCUUCAUGAUCAGUUUUCUUGUGAAUGAAUGGUGAGCGUCGUUUCCUUCCUGUCGGUUGCCUUGGCUGCCGUUCUCUACGAUGAAAAUUUCCGUAUAUUCGCAGUUUCCACUCUAGUGCCCUCCUUUGGAGUACUCCCCCAAUGCGGAACAUUUACACUCCCCCUCGUACUGUGUGAACCCAAAAGCACAGUCGAGCGUGGGCCGCUCUUUGAGUGCGCUAAAUGGAAAGCGGGGGUCGGCGCGAUGAGGGUCGUGAAUGACCUUCCUUUGGAUGUCUGAUCUUUAAAAGCAGCCUGAUACACAUUUGCCACAAACUGUUGCUAACG